AAAAAUAAAAAUUCCAAGGCUGAAAAUAGAUCCAAUUUUCCUAUUGGUCCCCUCUCACUGUACCAACAUGAUGGAGCAGUAGCACCCGCUUUACUGGAAAAAUAACGUCCGGGCAAAGUAAAUGGAGCCCCACGCCUUCAACGUUAAACCACCGGGCUUUUAUUUAAUACCCAAUAAGCAAUGCCGCCGCCAUGUCAGUAUUCCGGUGCACUGCCGCCGUGGCUCCGAGUAUUCUGGCGAUGCACGUCCGACGAAGCGGCGAGAUGUGCUCAUUACCCCCUUCCUCGCCGUAGGAGCUUAUGCACUCCGCUCGGCGGUGGCCAAGGCGGGCCGUUGGCUGGGGAGACUACACCUUCGCCUCCGGUCGCGGUGGAUGAGGCGAAAGAGGAGGUGAUAAGUUCGAGGAUUUAUGACGCAACUGUAAUAGGUGAGCCGUUGGCGCUGGGGAAGGACAAGAGAAAAGUUUGGGAGAAGAUGAUGAAUGCGAGGAUUGUGUACUUGGGGGAGGCGGAGCAGGUUCCCAUUCGGGAUGAUAAAGACUUGGAGCUUGAGAUUGUCAAGAAUUUGAGGAAGAGAUGCGUGGAAGCUGAGCGGCCGAUAUCGUUGGCUUUGGAAGCUUUUCCCUGUGAUUUACAGGCACAGCUUAAUCUUUUUACGGAAAAAAGGAUCGAUGGAGAGGCCCUAAAGUCUUUGGUGACACAUUGGCCACCUCAGCGUUGGCAAGAGUAUGAGCCUCUGUUGACUUACUGCCGAGAUAAUGGAGUACGGCUGGUUGCAUGUGGUGUGCCACUCGAGGUCCUACGAACAGUUCAAGCUGAAGGCGUUCGUGGACUUUCUAAAGCUGAUCGUAAGAAAUAUGCUCCUCCAGCUGGUUCAGGCUUCAUCUCGGGAUUCCCUUCUAUCUCUAGAAGAUCAUCUAUUGACAUAAAUUUUCCAAGUCAAUCUGCUCCGUAUGGGCCAUUCUCAUACCUUUCCAUACAAUCAAGAGCAGUUGAGGAUUAUACAAUGUCCCAGAUCAUCUUAGAAGCUGUGGCAGAUUGUGGGUCUACGGGCACGCUAGUAGUAGUGACAGGUGCUAAUCAUGUCACGUAUGGGUCAAGAGGAACUGGACUACCAGCAAGAAUUUCAAGGAAAAUGCAAAAGAAAAAUCAAGUAGUAAUAUUACUUGAUCCUGAACGACAAUACAUUAGGAGGGAGGGUGAUGUCCCUGUUGCAGAUUUCUUGUGGUAUUCUGCAGCCAGGCCUUGCAUUAGAAAUUGCUUUGAUCGUGCUGAAAUUGCUAGAGUAAUGAAUGCAGCAGGCAGAAAGAGAGAAGCCUUGCCCCAGGACCUUCAGAAAGGACUAGAUCUUGGUCUGGUAUCACCUGAAGUACUACAGAAUUUCUUUGAUCUGGAGCAAUAUCCUGUUAUCUCAGAAUUGACUCACCGUUUCCAGGGUUUCAGAGAAAGAUUGUUGGCGGAUCCCAAAUUUCUACAUAGACUAGCUAUAGAAGAAACUAUAUCAAUUACUACUACCCUCAUAGCUCAGUACGAGAGGCGCAAAGAAAAUUUCUUUGAAGAGCUUGACUAUGUUGUUACAGAUACACUAAGGGGAAUAGUUGUUGAUUUUUUUACUGUGUGGCUUCCGGCCCCCACGUUGUCAUUUCUCCCAGUUGCUGAUGACAUUAAUUCGCCUGACAGCAUAGAAGCAGUAAAAGGUCUUUUGGGGUCCAUCCCGGACAACGCAUUUCAGAAAAAUCUUGUAGGCAAGGAGUGGAACUUGAACCACAGAAUUGCAUCAGUACUUGUUGGUGGUUUUAAACUGGCUGGUGUUGGAUUCAUUUCCAGCAUUGGCGCUGUAGCUUCCUCCAAUACACUGUAUACAAUACGGAAGCUUCUUAAUCCAAGCCUUUCCAUGGAGCAGCAGAAUAAGAGAUCGCCUAUACUAAAAACAGCAGUUGUGUAUAGCACCUUUCUUGGAACGUCAGCGAAUCUGCGGUACCAGGUUAUUGCAGGAAUAGUGGAGCAUCGGAUUUCAGAGCAUUUUUCUGACCAAACUUUACUUGUAAAUAUGCUCUCUUUUGUGGCUCGAACAGUAAACUCUUACUGGGGAACCCAGCAAUGGAUUGAUCUGGCACGCUAUACAGGGCUACAGGCUCGCAAGAGUGAAGAAAUAUCCUUUCAGACUCCAGAUCCUUCAAAUUCUGCUGCAUUAGAGUGCAACGUCCUUGAAGAUGCCAGCAUUGAUGAAAGCAACAAGCAAUAGAUGAUACUCUAUGGCUAUUGGAAUACUGUCAGAAAAAGUUGGCAUUGAUUUUUUCUGCAAAUUUUGUUCUCUCAAAUUUUCUAAGCUCACAUUACAGAGGUCGAAUUGAUAGAAAAUGGAAACCACACCACAGAAACAUUGUUGUAAGUAUAGUUACAAAGUGUAUACAGUCCAAUAUAGAGAUUUUUAACCUUUGUUAUCUUUCUAGCUAAGUGCCUCAUAUCAGCUUGAUUUAUAACAGCAGUUCACUAUCCUUAUUGCAA